AUGGACAUACCUCCAAUUCCAAAUCAACCUAAGACAUUUAAAUUUCAGGAACGCACCUUUGGUCAGAAAAAUCCAGUGAAUAGAAGUUUUCAACCUCCUUGGUUCGCCAAUAGAACGUGGUUGCAUUAUGAUGAAACUAAUGAACUCGCUUAUUGCCAUGUGUGUAUGGUUGCUCACAGAGACGGAAAGUUGUCAAGUUCGAAUCUUGAUAAAGCCUUCAAUAUUAAUGGAUUUUCGAACUGGAAAGAUGCUAGCGUGUCGCUCAAAAAGCAUGAAUCGUCCGGGUGCCAUCAUGAGUCGGUAGAGAAAUUGGUAACGUUGCCAGAAGUGACAAAGGACAUAGGUGAAACAUUGUCGAAUGCCCACGCGGAAGAAAAGAGUGAUAAUCGUGAGAGUUUAAGUAAGAUCUUGUCAAGAUUAUGGUUCCUCGGCCGUCAAGGAUUACCUAUUCGUGGUGAUGGAGAUGAGAAUGAUAGGAUUUAUACACAGCUUUUGAAGCUUCGCGGCGAAGAUGAUUCGCGGGUGUUAGAAUGGUUAAAACAAAAGAAUGAAAAGUACACUUGCGCACAUGUUCAAAAUGAAAUGCUACAGAUUAUGGCACUUUCAAUACCGAGGGACGUAGCGAAGGAUAUCAGAAACUGUGCUUUAUUCUAUCAUGGCUGA